AUGUCGAUUUCUCACCGUCUUCCAUUUCAUCUGUCCAAUUCAAACUCCUGGACCGCAAACCCGACACGUCCCCAUUGCCCUACUGGUCUCAAAACUGAGCUUGAGCAUCUGAAUCCUGACUCCUCUCCAGCCACGAUUGCCGCUAUUCUCAACCAGUUCCCCACCAACUUCAACGCUCCAUACGUCCAUCAUCGACUAGUCACCUUCCCAACUGACAAGGAUCGUGCAACUGGUCAGCCUCCUUACCUCCUAAUGACGCUGAUCUCCACGGCAUUUUCUCCCCCUGCUGGUGCUCCCUGA